GUUUUGAAAGUGAGCUACAAGCCUAAUUCAAAAAAUUAGCAAAAAUCCCUAAAAUUAGACAAGUUAGUAAUUCGUAAUCAAAUCUUCUGGAAGGGUGGAGUUUAAGCAAAAAAAACAGCAAAAGAGAAGGAGCAUCAAUGGAGUACACAAACAAGAGAGGAGAGAGAAAGUCAUCCAUUAGCGACGCUUAGAUGAAGCUCUUCUUCUUCAUCUACCACCUCCUUUGCGACUACAACUGAUCCCAUUUCGACACUCUUUUUUCUCCCCAGUAAUUCCUAGAGAGAGAAAGUGAAAGAGAGAGAAAGCGCCGAAGAAGAGAUCCUGAGAUCGAUCGAAAAUGUUGCCGACAACGUCAAAAGGGCGUUCGGCGUCCACUUCUCGGCAACCUAAUCCCGUUUUCCCUCAUUAUCUCCGUCGAAUUAUCAAGUGGCAACAAAUGGAUGUUGAAUACACCUUCUGGCAAAUGCUUCAUCUCUGUACCUCACCGAAAGUAGUCUAUCAGCACACCAAGUACCACAAACAAACCAAAAACCAAUGGGCUCGUGAUGAUCCUGCUUUUGUUGUUAUCUGCAGCCUCCUCUUAGCAGUUUCGGCUUUGGCUUUUUGUGCUGCGUAUGAUCAUAGCGCAGGACAUGCUGUUUAUGUAGUUCUUUCAGUUUUUCUUUUCCAUUUCGUCAUAACUGGAGCGGUGUUAGCAACUUGUUGCUGGUUUUUAACAAAUAACUACCUAAGAGAAGAGGCUCCUAAUAGUUAUGUGGUUGAACAGCGGGUAGAAUGGUUGUAUGCAUUUGACGUGCACUGCAAUUCAUUCUUCCCGAUGUUUGUUCUGCUAUAUGUGAUACAUUACUUUUUGUCACCACUUCUUCUGGCACAUGGAUUCAUACCUGUUCUGUUAUCAAAUUUGCUCUUCAUGGUAGCUGUGUCAUACUACCAUUAUCUAAACUUUUUAGGUUAUGAUGUGCUUCCAUUUCUGGAGAGGACAACCUUUUUCCUCUAUCCUAUUGGCAUUGUUCUAAUCCUUUCUCCUAUUUUUAUUCUUAGUGGAUUUAAUCCCUCAAGAUAUAUAAUGAACCUGUACUUCAGUAUGCGGCUAUGAUUUUGAGGCUGAACAUGUCAAGUAAGCACGUACAACGAGCUGGGAAAGAUAGAUAAAGUAGGGACAUGUUGUGAACAAGAGGUGCUAUGAAUGUUCACUUGAAGUAUGUAGAUUUUUCCAGAUGGUUAAUUCGUGGGAGCUUUUGUAACUUUUAACCUAUACGGCAUUACCUUCUCCAUCCUAUUGCUACAGAUUCUUUUACCUUUAAUUUUUUGGGCAAUGGGAAAAUACCGAAAGUGGAUUCAGAGGAAGGGAAAUGUUGACUGGUGGAUCGAUCAUAUCAACGAAAUGGUGAAUGUAGUGAUUCCGCUUAUUCUUUUAAUCUGUCUGCCCCUUCCUACUGCUCAGUUAGUUCCUUUAUUGAAAAGAGUUCCGUACUUAUACUGAUUGUAAACUUAGAAAUGUGAAGGCAAAUAUAGAAAUUAUUUGUUGCC